AUGUCCCAAUCCACGACAGCACUACUGUUGCCCGAGGUUGGAGCCCCGUUCGAACUCAGAGAGGUCUUCCUCGCUCCUUUACAGCCGGAUGAGGUCCUGGUCGAAAUCCGCGCAACAGGACUGUGCCAUACUGACCUAUCCUUCGCAAAUGGGACCUUGCCCUGCUCACCUAAUGCAGUUCUGGGACAUGAAGGGGCGGGAGUGGUGAUUGAAGCUGGCUCAGCGGCAGGAGAUCUCAACCCAGGCGAUCUCGUUCUUCUAUCCUUUUCCCACUGCGAGACUUGUGCCGCCUGUGAGUCCGGCCACCCAUCAUAUUGUUAUUCCUUCAAUGACCGCAAUUUCCCCGGCCACCGUCCCGAUGGAUCGAAAGCAAUGUCGCUCAAACCUUCAACUGAGCCGGGAGACAAUGGCAUCUUCAGCUCCUUCUUUGGACAGAGCUCUUUUGCGCGACGAACCCUAGCCCACAAGACCUGUGUCGUCAAGGUUCCUGCCGGGACAAAUCUGUCACUCUUCGCACCUCUUGGUUGUGGAAUCCAGACCGGCGCGGGAGCCGUGCUGAACACACUAGAUGUGAAACCAAACAGCUCAUUGGUAGUAUUUGGCGCUGGCUCAGUGGGAAUGGCUUCCAUCAUGGCGGGUGCCAUCCGAGGAGCCAAGACUAUCAUCGCCGUUGAUCUCCAAGCCGAACGACUCGACUUGGCCAAACAAGUAGGGGCCACUCACGGCAUCCAGGCGGGACCUGACACCGAUGUGGUUGCUGAAAUUCGUCGCUUGUGUCCUCCGAACGGUGCCAACUUUGCCGUCGACUGCACCGGAAGCCCGAAAGUCGUGCGAACCAUGGUCGAUUCUUUAGGAACCCGAGGCCGAGCCGCCACCGUGGGUGCUCCAUCAUUCGGCGUCGAGGUCCCCCUUCAUAUCAUGGACGUUCUCGUCUACGGAAAGGAAUAUGUAGGUUGUUGUGAAGGCGACAGUCAACCAGCCAAGUUCAUCCCAUAUCUAAUCGAGCAAUAUGCCCAGGGCAAAUUGCCUUUGGAGAAAUUGAUUACGGUGUACAAGAUGGCAGACUAUGAGAAGGCAAUCCAUGAUGUCCAUUCCGGAAAGACCGUCAAGGCUGUUUUGACUUGGGACUGAGUGUUUUGACUUGGGACUGAGAGUUUGUCGCGAAGGGUGGUUGGUUGUCAUAUGCAUAUAGUUGAAGGCCAUCGUCAGGACCACACAGAUACACAUAAAUUAGAGAGGACUAUAUCAAGCAUGAUGAGUAAAUGAUAUCAAG